AUGGCCUCCAGUCUCAAACCAGAGGGCAUGACCAAAACCGAUACCAUGGGCACGCUGGACGAGCCCAAUAAGCUCCAAGGCUAUGCCUCCGCGCCAGGAGUCAUGGACGAAGUCACUCGAGUGGUGGAUCACAAAGCUGAGCGCCGUCUCUGUCGGAAGUUUGACUAUCGCCUUCUACCGAUACUGGCCAUCAUGUACCUGUUCAAUGCCCUGGACAAGGGUAACCUGGGAAAUGCAAAGACGGAUGGAAUGACCGAUGACCUCAACUUCAAGCCCAAUGAAUACAAUCUCCUGCUAUCAAUCUUCUUUGUGCCCUUUGUGAUAUUCGCACCACCAUUCUCCAUGCUUGGAAAGAAGUUCAGUCCAGCCCGGGUGCUACCAAUUCUGAUGUUCUCCUUUGGUUCAUUCACCAUGCUGUCCUCGGCUGCCCACAACUUCGGCGGCAUGUUUGCGCUGCGCUGGUUCCUGGGCAUGUCCGAGGCGGCCUUUUUCCCAUUGGUGAUUUACUAUCUGACUACCUUUUACCGUCGGGGCGAGCUGGCUCGUCGUCUAGCGGUGUUCUACGCCGCCUCGAACAUCGCCAAUGCUUUCUCCGGACUGAUUGCGUUUGGUGUGUUCCAAAUCAAAGGCUCGAGCCUGCCCAAUUGGCGAUACCUGUUUAUCAUUGAGGGGGAUGCAGCCGAGGCCAAGUUUCUGUCCGAGGAGGAGAAGGCUUUGGCUUUCCACCGGAUCCAAGUCGACUCCAGUGCGGUGGUCAACGAAGAGUUCAGCAUUCGGGAAGCCCUUGGGAUCUUCAAACAACCCACCACCUAUGUCUUCUUGUGCAUUGAAAUCUGCCUCGGUGUACCCUUGCAGGGUGUCGCAUUGUUCAUGCCUCAGAUUGUUGGAGGAUUGGGCUAUUCCACUGUCAAGACGAACCUAUACACCGUGGCCCCGAAUGUCAGUGGAGCAGUGAUGCUGCUAGUUCUGGCCUUUACCUCGGAUUGGGUCAAGCUGCGGUCGCCGUUUAUCGUGUUGGGUUUCCUCCUCACAUUCUCCGGAUUCAUGAUCUAUGCAUCCAUCGACGACGUUCAGAAUAAUCUCCAAGUGGCCUACUUUGCCACCUUCAUGAUGACUUGGGGCACCUCGGCCCCAUCGGUUCUACUCAGCACCUGGUAUAACAACAACAUCGCCCACGAAGGCCGCCGUGUGCUACUGACCAGUAUCGGAGUGCCCUUGGCCAACCUGAUGGGUUUGGUGAGCAGCAAUCUCUUCCGCGAGCAAGAUGCCCCCAAGUACCUGCCCGCGUUGAUCAGCGUCGCUGCCUUCGGCGCUGCUGGUGCCUGUCUAGCGGCCUGCCUGGGCUUCUUCAUGUGGAUGGACAACAAGCGACGUGAUCGCCGAGACGGAGUGACGAUCCAAGCACGGGAUAUCCCGACUGACCGACUGAGAGACGGACCUUCGUCCGCUGAAUUCCGCUGGUUUUUGUAG